AUGGCGAACCUCUCGCGCCUCUUCCCCUUCUCCACCGCCGCGGUCGUGGCCGUCGCUCUGCUCAGCAUGUGCCGCUCCGCCUCGGGCUUGAGCGUGACAUGCACGCCGACGAACAGCGAGGUGCAGGGCCCGACGGUGCUGACUACCGACUACGAGACGCUGUCCAACGACAUCCUGAGCAACAACUUCAACCCGCCGCUCUCGGACCCGAUCAAGCUGGGCCCCGUGCAGCAGCAGCCGUUUCCCAACAUCGGCUCUGCGGGCGCCUGCCUCAGCAACGACUUCAUCUUCGAGAGCGCCAGCAUCGCUCUGAGCGACGUCCAGGCGGCUGCGGCGGCCAUCUUCUCCCAGUGCUUCCUCGUUCCUGGCCUCUCCUCCGCUGGUGGGGGGCAGUCGACGCUGACUUCAAACGACGGGAGCGGCAUCACCGUCAUCUUCACGGUCGCUCCGGCCGGGUUUGCGUGCUGA